AUGAUGUACAAGACGAAACGUCGAACCCGAGAUCUGGACCAGAUUCUGCGGGACGACAUGAACACGUCGCAGUCGAUCAAGGCUCUGCACAACCAGGAGUACGACGAGGAGAAGCCCGGACUGGCGCAGUUCUACUGUAUUCCGUGCGCUCGGUAUUUCGAAACCGAGUUUGCCAAACAGACACACAUCCGGGGCAAGGUGCACAAACGACGGCUCAAGGAGAUCCGCGAGGUGCCAUACACCCAGGAGGAGGCCAAUAUGGCUGCUGGAAACAAUGUGGCGCGAUACCUGGCUCGAAAUGAUGUUGAUAAGAAGCGUCUGGAUGAGGAGGAGGUGACCACCAUGUUGACAGAUCGUGGCAGUCUUGAGGAGGUGGAGCAGGCCAAGGCGGCAAGCAGUUUUGCUCGUGAGCAGGAGGCGUUGCGAAUCGCCCGAGAAAAGGAGGCCGAGGAGGAGGACAAAGGGGUGAUUCCCGAGACCAAGGAUGAGGAUAUGGCUUAG